AUGUCUCAGAACUCUCUCGCCAUCUGCGUCUUGUGGUUCCUGGCUCUCUCCUCGGCCUGUUACAUCCAGAACUGCCCCAUCGGCGGAAAGCGCUCAGUCUUGGACAUGGAUGUCAGAAAGUGCAUCCCCUGUGGACCUAGGAACAAAGGCCACUGCUUUGGCCCUAGCAUCUGCUGUGGAGCGGAGAUGGGAUGCUACUUCGGUACCUCAGAAACCCUGCGAUGUCAGGAGGAGAAUUACCUGCCGACACCCUGCGAGUCUGGCAGGAAGCCAUGCGGGCCCAACGGUGGGACCUGCGCGGCCCCUGGGAUCUGCUGUAACAACGAGGGCUGCAUGGUGGACUCGGCCUGUGACCAAGAAUCGCUGUUUUCCUAG